AAAGGGCAAUACGGUAAUAUCAAAGCUACUGCCUUCAUAUAUAAACGCUGCUUGGCUUUCUUCUCCAAAACCCUAGCCCUAGCCUCAAUUUCGGCCCCCUCUCGCGAGUAUCAGAGGCAACUAAAAAUGGCUCCCAAGAAGAUUGUGAAGGGAGGCCCCGCAGCCAAGAAGAAACCGGAGAAGGUUGUAAACCCUUUGUUUGAGAAGAGGCCAAAGCAAUUUGGGAUUGGAGGGGCUUUGCCACCAAAGAGGGAUCUCCAUAGGUUUGUGAAGUGGCCGAAGGUUGUCCGCAUUCAGAGGCAGAGGAGAAUCCUCAAGCAGCGUUUGAAGGUUCCUCCAGCUUUGAACCAGUUUACUAAGACCCUGGACAAGAAUUUGGCUACGAGCCUAUUCAAAAUGCUCCUCAAAUACAGGCCCGAGGACAAAGCUGCAAAGAAAGAACGACUUUUGAAGAGGGCCCAGGCUGAGUCUGAAGGCAAAACUGUUGAGGCUAAGAAGCCCAUUGUUGUGAAGUAUGGGCUUAAUCAUGUGACUUACUUGAUUGAACAGAACAAAGCACAACUUGUGGUCAUUGCACACGAUGUAGACCCAAUUGAGCUAGUGGUUUGGCUCCCUGCCCUGUGCAGAAAGAUGGAAAUCCCAUACUGCAUUGUCAAAGGAAAAGCGCGUUUGGGAUCGAUUGUACACAAGAAAACAGCAUCAGUGUUGUGCUUGACCACCGUGAAGAAUGAGGAUAAGUUGGAGUUCAGCAAAAUCUUGGAAGCUAUCAAGGCAAAUUUCAAUGACAAAUUUGAUGAGAUCCGUAAGAAGUGGGGUGGAGGAAUCAUGGGUUCCAAGUCUCAGGCCAAAACCAAGGCUAGGGAGAGGCUCGUAGCCAAGGAAGCUGCUCAAAGGAUGACUUAAGCUUGGUUCUUGAAAUUUUGAGUAAAUUUAUCGGAUUUUGUUGUUAGCCUUAUAUUUCUUGAAGAACUUUUCUUGAUUAACAUUUUCCAGCUUGUGGUCGAGUAGUGAAACAUUUUGUUCCUGUCCUGGACUUUUAGCUGUAGCUACUGUGUUGCUAGUUAUGUUGUUACAAUCUUACUGCCUUGCUUUUCUGUGA